CCAGUGCGUCUCCAUGCUGCUCCUCUGCUGGAUGAGAUGAGAGGAGGACUUUAACGAGGCUCUACCGGUGCAGGUACAUCAGAGGUGGGCAUGGCGAGGAGGUGGGGUCGCUGCUCUCCUCCUGUCUGGAGCUCCAGAGGAUCAGACCAGUGCGGAAACCAAGAGGUGUGGAGGAUCCGGUGAGGACUGCUGCUGCCUGAUAGAGAUAAAUAAGGAUUGUUAACAUCGAGCACCGCAUGCUUUCCUCGCUGUACAAGACUUCCAGACAUUUCUUUGAAAAUACAAAAACAAGCAUCCAAACUGAAAACAUAUAUUGCUUCAUUUUGAGGUGACAUAAGGUCUCUCGAAAAUGCACCCUGAUAUCCAUCUCUCCCUCCUCUUAGCGCUGCUGCUGCUUCUUCAAGUCCAGCAGGGCACCUCAGUGCAGGAGAUCCAGACCAGCCAUGAGAACAUCGUUAAGAUCAACUCAGCUGGAGAAAUGAUGCAGUGCUCAGCAGCCAUGGAUAUCCUCUUCCUCCUGGAUGGUUCUUACAGUGUCGGGAAGGGCAGCUUUGAGAGAUCCAAACACUACGCAAUCAAGCUCUGUCAAGCACUAGACAUCGGACCAGACAAGGUGCGAGUCGGCUUGAUCCAGUUUGGUUCCACUCCCCGGCUGGAGUUCGCCUUGGACUCGUACACCACCAAACCAGAGCUGCAGAAGCACAUGAAGAAGAUUUCUUACAGGGGAGGCAGCACCCAGACAGGCCUGGUUCUAAAGUACGUGCUGAGGAAGGGUUUCCCAGGCGGCCGUAACUCCUCCGCUGCAGCUCGGAUCGCCAUCCUCUUAUCAGAUGGGAGGUCUCAGGGCAACGUGGCGCAGGCGGCUGCACAGCUCAAAGAGACGGGCGUGGUCUUGUUCGCCGUGGGCAUCCGCUACCCCAGGUGGGAAGAGCUGCAUGCUUUGGCCAGUGAGCCGAUGGAGAGCCACGUUUUCUUUGCAGAGCAUUUCCACGAUGCUGUCAAUGGCCUGUACACCACACUGACCGCCUUAUCUCUCUGCAACGCCACACCUGCAGGCUGCCAGGUGGAGUUGUUUCCCUGUGAGAGGAAAACACUGGAGACGGUGAAAGAGCUGCAGGGGAAUUACAUGUGUUGGAAAGGCUCCAAGGGAUAUUCCACAUACUCGUCUCUCUGUCCAUUCUACAGGUACAACAAGAUGUACAAGAGAUACCAGACGGUCUGCCAUCGCACCAUCUGUCCAGACCCCUGCGACUCUCAGCCCUGUCUGAACGGUGGAACAUGUGUAUCAGAAGGUCCAGAGGGUUACCACUGCGUGUGUCCACCUGGCUAUGGAGGAGACCCACACUGUGCUCCUGCGUUAUCUCUGGACUGCGCCGUAGACUUGCUGUUCCUGGUGGAAGGCUCCGCCACGAUCACCUUGGAAGGCUUCCUCCGCCUCAAGUCCUUCUUAAAGCGCUUCCUGCGCACCGUGAUCGGGUCCGACAGCCCCAGUAAAGUCGGCCUGGCGGUGUUCGGAGGAGAGACCAGAGUCGAGAUCCCGGUGGACAAGUUCAGAAGGGACCUGAGGGGUCUGCUCAAGGCCGUGGAGGCACUUCAGCCAAUCGGUGGAGAGACCCUGACAGGCCAGGCGCUCCAUUACGUCACACGUCACGGCUUUGUGAGCGCGCCGGUCUUUGCGGACGUCACGGACGACCUGCCCCGCGUGGUGGUGCUGCUCACGGCCACUCGUGCUGUCGACGAGGUGGUGGAGCCCUCUAAAUACGCACGAGACAGAGAGAUCUUCCUGGUAGGGGUGGGACCAGACCACUUAAGGGGACAACUGAAUAAUAUCACAGGGAAUCCCCAGAGGACAAUCACCUACAGACCACCGGAGUUCAGUGCCAAGAUCCCUGAGCUCAAGGCUAAGAUCUGCAGUGUGGACACACAAGGUUGUCUGGGCCAAGCAGUCGACCUGGUGUUUGCCCUGGACGCCUCAGGCGGUGUCAGCCCCGAUAACUUCGCCACCCUGCGCGACUUUGUGCGCAGCCUCACGGUCCAGUUCGACAUCAACCGCGACGUUGCUCAAGUGGCGCUCGUGGCAUACAGCCGGAGUGCCACCACCGUCUUCAACCUGGAUACCCACGAAACCGGCUCCGCCAUCCUCAAGGCCGUAGACGGCGCCAACUACAUGGGCGGAGUGGCUUCGACGGGCACCGCUUUGCUUCACAUCCACUCCGACGUCCUGACGGUGGCCAAGGGCGCACGGCCCGGAGUCAACAAGGCCGUGGUGGUGGUGACGGACGGUUCGGGCGGGGACGACGCCGUCGUUCCAGCUCAGAAGAUGAGAGAUAAUAAAGUUUUGCUGUUUGUGAUCGGUAUCGGAGAUAUACAGAAAGAGAGGCUGCUGAAGAUUGCUGGAUCGGAGGAACACAUGAUCGCGGUGUCGUCUUAUGAGGAUCUCAAGUAUUCUGAGGACGUGCUGGUGCAGAUGCUGUGUUCAGAGGUUAAGAAGCCGGUAAACCUGUGCAAGCCCAACCCAUGUAUGAAUGAUGGGACCUGCAUACUGUCUGGAGGGAGCUUCCGCUGUCAGUGCCAAGGCUAUGAAGGACCACACUGUGAAACAAGAAGCAGCAGGCCUUCGUCCAGAGGAGAUCAGCCGAGGCCUGCUGGUCUCAGGAAGAAGAGCAGGCAGAAGAAGAGUCACCAGGAGCUCCUGCAUCACUACAAACUGCACCGCAGGAGGCAUGCUGCCUGAUACACAAGUAAACACACGUACUAUACACAGAAGUUACCUACGGACACUUAAGAACCAAGGGUGUUUGCGGGAACACAAUGGAGUGAAGGGAAUACUAAUGUUACUCUUUCAAUAUUUAAACUUUCACUCAAACUUCAACAAGUGCCUUCAAACUGUGUGUAUUCCUACUGCAGGGUCGUCACUGUGCUCACUGUUUUUUGCAAUUGUCUCAAUAUCGUUCUGUUGUCUAUUCAAAGAUGUAAACUUUUAUAUUAUAUUAUAUUAUAUCUG